UUUACGUGCAAAAUGGCUGCACAGGUUGAUUUGGUGCGCGUUAAAGUGGAGGAAAAGAUCAGGGACAGCCUCGACAGAGCCUCCAAAGAAAAGAAAAAGAAGAAAAAACGAGAGUAUUCGCCGUCUGCGGAUAAGUAUCAGAGGCCAGAGAAGGAAGCGAAGAAAAUAAAGCUACAUCAUCAACACCACCAUCACCAACAUGCUCAGCAACGAGUACAGCAACAGCAACAACAACAACAACAACAGCAGCCGCCACGGAACUUCAGCAGCAAAGAGCAGGCACCCGUGCAACAUCGCCACCGCCACCACGACCAGCACAGCCCGAAGAAAGGGGUUUCUCUCGUCUGGCCGCCGCGGAAGGUGACGCCUGGCCAGGUCCCUCGGAAGACGGCGGUGGCCGCCGUCCCGCCACCCGCUCCACUGUUCACUUUCACGCCGCUCAAAGUGGCGAAGGCCAAGAGCCACAACAGCAGCAAGGAGAAACGCGUGGAAAAGGGCGCAAAACUUAAACCUAAGAAAGAAAACGCGGAGGCGAACGUGAAGGUCGCGGAUGGCAAGAAGAAAAAAGAGGUCCACAAUGAGAACGGGAAAACUCCGAUGCUGGAGGAGUACCUGCUCAAGAAGAAGAAGAAAAAGAAACGACACCGGGAAGAUGAGCGGGGCAGGCGCCUGUGCAUGUACAAUAAGGAGGUGCAGACGGUGUGCGCUGGACUGACGGGGGACCAUCUGCCGUCUGCCGCAGAUGAUGACCCGGCCACGCUGGCCUACGUGCGAGACGAGAAGCUGUGCCAGGCGGGCCCGGGCUCAGAUGAGUACCGCACACCCCAGGGCGUGCAGAUGCCCUUCCUCUCUCACCACGACCACUCCAUCCGCAGUUCGUGCCUGCACACAGCCUCGCACUUCGGCCGCCUCAUCCACGAGGAGUGGCAGCCCAACGGCGGCGCGGCCGUGCUACACGCCUAUGCCGACGAGAUCUCGCUGCUGCGGCCAGCCGACGGCGAGUGCUUUGCCCAGGAGUUUCUGGAGCUGGCCUUCAGCGAGACCAGCAAGGGAGCUGCGCGCUACGCACUCUCUGUGGUGCAUGGGGCCGCCGCGUACCUGCCUGACUUCCUCGACUACUUUGCCUUCAACUUCCCGAACACGCCCGUCAAGAUGGAGAUCCUCGGUAAGAAGGACAUUGAGACCACUACCAUCGCUAGCUUCCACUCCCAGGUGAGCCGGACGUACUGCUCGGGGACGUACCGAGCUGGCCCGAUGAGACAGAUCAGCCUAGUUGGGGCCGUGGAUGAAGAGGUGGGCGACUACUUCCCUGAGUUUCUGGACAUGCUGGAGGAGUCGCCGUUCCUCAAGAUGACCCUACCGUGGGGGAGCCUCUCCAGCCUGAAGAUGGACUGCCGCUCCCAGAGCGACGACGGGCCCAUCAUGUGGGUGAGGCCGGGAGAGCAGAUGGUACCCACAGCCGACAUGCCCAAGUCUCCAUUCAAGAGGCGCCGGUCCAUGAAUGAGAUCAAGAACCUGCACUACCUGCCACGCACCAGCGAGCCCCGCGAGGUGCUGUUCGAGGACCGCACCAGAGCCCACGCCGACCACGUGGGCCAGAGUUUUGACUGGCAGAGCACAGCCGCCGUGGGGGUCCUCAAGGCCGUGCAGUUUGGGGAGUGGAGCGACCGGCCAAGGAUAACCAAAGACGUGGUCUGCUUUCACGCCGAAGACUUCAACGACGUGGUGCAGAGGCUUCAGCUCGACCUGUAUGAGCCCCCCGUGUCACAAUGUGUUCAGUGGGUGGACGACGCAAAGCUGAACCAGCUGCGACGAGAGGGUAUCCGCUACGUGCGCGUGAACCUGUGCGAUGACGACAUCUACUUCAUCCCCCGCAACGUCAUCCACCAGUUCAAGACCGUGUCGGCCGUGUGCAGCCUGGCCUGGCACAUCCGCCUGCAGCAGUACCACUGCGAGGAAGAGGAGGAGGAGGAACAGCAGACCAAGGCCAGCCAGGCUCCAGCCCCACCAGCCACGUCUCCGGCCUGCGCCGAAGCCCCCUUCCAGAGGCCAGGGGCCGCACCGCCCGCUGAUCCCACGUCUGCUCACACGCCCCCUGACCCUGCGUGUCCGGAGGGCCACCCCCUCCCGGACUCCUGCUCUCUGGUCGUCCCAGAACCGGCUCUCCCUCAAGCCUCCCUCAGAACCGUCCCAGACACGGCACUGGGCAGCAGCGCCCACUGCAGGCCUAGCAGCGCCCCGGACUAACCCGCCGGACUAACCCCGGAUUGAAAAGGUGGGAUGAGAUUUAUUUAACAACCUUGACUGACAUUCCAGUAAGGGAUUGGGACUGUCAAAAAAGCAUAUUUGGACUCCAUGUAAAAUUAUGAAGACUAAAAUAUAUAUAUAUAUAUAUAUACUUUUUUUUUCUUUCUUUCUUUUUUUUUAACAUUUUGGUUAGGAAAUAACCACGUAAAGUACUUUCUUAGGUUUUUCUUCAGCCAAAGUAUUUAAUUUUAAUAUUUUUUGCUGAUUAUUCAGUGUUGCUAUCUGUGUUUAUAUCUGAAAUGGAGAUCUCUCAAGAGGAACUUUCCGUAUAAUUACCCAAACUGCGGUCAUAUAGAUAAGUUAAUUCUUUUUUUAUUUUUCUGUUUUUAUUUAAAAGUGCCUGUCACAAGUGGAAAACAGCAAUCAUGGUUCAAAAGAAGAAAACUUUUCCAUUGUCAUUUGUUUCUCCAGGAUCUGUUUCGAGUAUGUUUAAGCCAAGCUAGAGAAACCGAUAUCAGUUGGACGCGAUUUCCAUUUUCAUCCAUGAGCAAGAUUGCUCCAGACUGUUCGUUUGCUUGUUGUGCUAUUUGGCUUCAAAAGCUCAUGAUUUUCAAACUGUUUUCCAAACGAGUAAUAAACAAACAGCUACUCUCAAAGCUAAAAGCUUUUCAAACCUGAAAAUCUCUUGUGUAACCACGUGGAAUGUGCAGAAUGUAGGAGCUAACGUGAGCAAGCCGAGAGCUUGUUGAGAGAUGCCAGGACUGCUGGGUGGUAUGGAGCUUCUUUGCUGAUGGAGUGCAUGUCUCUAGAAUACUUCUCAGGGUUCUUGGGAGGAGCCUCACAUGCUUUUCAAAUUGUGGGGUGUUACCCGGAAUUGAAAGCUAUGGGUAGAGUUGUUGUAACUCCCAGCCUUAAGCCACAAUUGGUUAGUUUUUAGCAGGGCAGGAACUGGAAAGUAUAACCAAGCUGGUACAGCAGUGUACAGUCACUAAAACUUCCUCUGAAUUGGAGCUGUUUCCAGAUACUGUAACUCAUUUCGCUGGAGUGGCUGGACUUUAGCGCAGGUAAAAAACACGUCCAGCUAGCUUAAUUGCUUUAAACAACUCCUUAAGUGAGAAUGUGCCAACUAAAUGACUACACACAGAGCACUUCUAAUACAUGCUGCAUCGGUGAGAACAUAACACUGGUACCCCAGUAUUCUCAAACUUAGUAUGUGAGCAGUUCCCCAAAGUUAAACUGUUUGUCUGUUUUUUGUUGUUGCGGGUUUUGGGGUCUUUUAACUGGACUUUUAGGUUGAAGUGUAUUUUUCUGUUAUCUAGCACAGCUUGGGCUUCAAGUCUCACAAGUCCUUUUAAUUGUCUUGAUCUAUCUGUUGAUGAGGCACUUAUCUAGCUCUGUCAUAAACUAGCUUGGGUUUUGACAUUUAUGGAAAAACCAACUAAUAAGAUUAAAAAAAAAAAAUUUAUAGAAGGAUAUGACACUGGUUUUUGCUGAAAAAGAUUUUAAUAGGCAUGUUCUGAUGAUUGACCGCGCUCUAGACAUGUGACUUCACCUGGUCUGGUUUGUCCAUUUUCCAUGUUUAAUAUGACUUAUGUGUAUGUUAGUAGGAGGUAGGAGAAAUACCUGCUUCUUCUGAGGAUGAAUCUAAAAUGUUGCUAGUACUUAAUGGUGAGCAGUUUUAGGACUGUACUAUCUAAGAUGGUAGUAUCAAAGUUCAGUUUAGUGGGUGCUGGUUUUAGUAAAGUUGUGUGACUAAUGUUUUUUGCAUGUCAAUAUGACAUUCUGAAAGCAUUUUUAAUGGACUUUAUUCAUAUUGAAAUGGAUUAGUAGACUGUAGCCACGAUUUGCCCUCAUUUCCUAAGUCUGGCUGUGGGCGUCGGCCACACACGUAGAUUGGAACGUAAUUCGUUUUGAGAUCAGUUUGAGCGUGAUCUGGUUGGAUCUGCUGCAUCAGUCACUUGUAAAGGUGUUUUUUUGUGUUUUGGUUUUUUUGGGGUUUUUUUUUCUCUCUCUCCUGGUGCAGUGCCUCUAAGCUCCAGCGAGUUCGUGCCUUUUGGCGAGUCCUGCUAGGAAUGCGCAGUGUCCUACAAGCAAUUGUUCUUCCAGCGCACACAGGCGUCCGUUAAUGGCAGAGCUGCAUGGAGUCAAGCAAUAAUUAAAUGUCCAUUUCCUGUUUGGCUAGGCCUCGGUAAAGCGGUAAUGAGGGCUUCUUUGCCCUUCUCCAGGGACAAAAGUUUACUUGCAUUCUAACAAAUGGCCUUUUUGAACGGCACAGAGAGGACUACGCACAUAAAAAGGGGGGAAAAAAAACUAAUUGCUGGCUGUUAAACAAAAACAAGACAAAAAAUGUGCAAUAGACACCUUGCGCCGAUUUAAGUUUAUCCUGCUUUUUAAAGAUUUAAAGCAUACCCAGUGAUGAGGUCAGUGGUCAGACCUGUGCCUGCUCGCGAUUACAGACUGUGUUCAAGCACCUGUUUAGAGAACCCAAGUCUACAGUAACAUUCUGAUUUAAUCCUCGCCGUGCGCAGACUGCACAGUUCAGUGGACACAACCUCUUGUACAUUUAUGAAUUUCUGGGUAUAAUUGGUGUCUUGGCAUGUACGUCAGCUGGCCAUUUUCGGUUUAUUCCUCCCAUGGACUUGUUCAGCACUUAAAAUGUAAUGAUGCCGCAUGGAGAGAGAAGGAUUUGGACACACAGCGUGCUGUGCAUGACUUACUGGCAGCUCCUAUUUUUGUUCUGUUGUCGUCGUCUUCAAUGUUGAUCAAAGUUAUUUAAUGUUUUUGAUUGUCCUUUGUACUAUAGGAAAAUCUGUUAGAGGAUCGCGGCAUGCGUCACGUGACUUUCACUCGGCACCGUUAAUUGCUGUUGUUGAUGGUUGUAUUAAGAGGUCUCCAUUAUGCUGAUUUAAAAAAAAAAAUGUAAGCACUUGCUGAUGGCCUGUUAUGAACAUAAGUCUUUUUUUUGUUGUUGUUGGUUUUAUUUUUGUAAAUAAGUCACAUUUAAUAGAACUGUUAUGUGGAUAUUCUUAAUCAUGUGUAUAAAAACAUACAAUGGAAUGCAUAGACCUUUUCUGUAUUUUUUUAAAUAAAUCAUUUUAUGAGUGUACCAAAGCUUUGAUUCCUGAAACGGGUGCCAGUCUGAAAAUGUUGAGGGUGCACAAACAGAUCUUGCAGUACGCUGUGAAGAGCAUGUUUCAUACUACAGACCACCA